AUGGAUGAUUUUUUCAUGAAAUUUAAAGAUUUUUUCGAUAAAGUAAAAGACAUUACAAAUGUGAGAUUCACUUAUAUGAAAGAGCUAUAUAAUCUAGGAUUAGAGUAAUUUCCAGAUAAUUAUGAAAUUCAGAACAUUCAAAAGAACAACUAGGCAAGUAUCCAGUAAGGUGCAAAUAAACUAAAGAAGAACUGGACUGAUGAUGAUAAAAAAGUGUUAAUUUGGUUAGUUGGAAAAUACUUAGCUUUUUAUAAGAGAGAUUUCAAGCAGAUUGUAUUGAAUUAAUUCAUAUUAAUUAUAUAGAGUGAAUCUGAUUGGAUUAACAUAUCUUAAAUGAUGUAAAGAAGAGAUGCCUUUCAUUGCAAAUAAAAGUGGCUUCAAAUGUUGAGAUUACCUCUACAAUAAGCUCCUUGGACUAAAUAAGAAGAUGAUGCACUUCUAUUAAUUAUUCAAGAAUAUUAGAAAUUAAAUAAAGGAAAUAAAUGGAGUUAGAUAGCUACCUCUCUUAAUAAACAUACUGAUUCUAUUGUUCAUAGAAAUGGGAAAUAGUGUAGAGAAAGAUGGAAUAAUCAUUUAAAUCCAUCUAUUAAUAGGUAAUUAUAUUCUUAAUAUUAAGAAAACCUUGGUAAUUAUCUGAAGAUUUAGAGCUUAUGAAAUUGGCCAUUUUAAAUGGAAAAAAAUGGGCUUAAAUUUCAAAACAGUUAAAGUUACAGAGAAGUGAAAAUAAUGUAAAAAAUAGAUUUAACUGUCUAAUAAGAAAAGAAAAAAAUACUAAAGUUUAAACUUUAUCUAAUUAAGAAAGUUAUUGUGAACCAUAAGAUUCUUUUUUAUCUGAUCCUUCUGCUGAAGAAUUAAGUUUAGAAGAACAAAGAAAUAUUAAUUAAAUUAUCAAAAAAAUUGAAUGGAGAAUGAAAUAAGAUGGAGAAGAUCCUUAUGAUAUUAAAUAAGAAGAUUUUGAUUAAGUUUCUAAGAAGAUUUCAUCUCUCCGUUAAGAAAAAAACAAUUAUACAUCAUAAUAACAAGAAGAAUAAAAAUAAACUAAUAAAAAUAUAUCUAUUUAAAAUAUUGAUAAUAAUAAUGAUAAUGAUAACUAACCUUUAGAAAAUAUAAAUAAUAAAUAGUAAUAAUAAACUACAUUAACAUUAUAAAUUAUGGAUUUUACUUAAAUUUCUUAGGAGGAAUCUUUAUAACUCUAAUCAUGUUUAAUUAAUAGAGAAAAAAAUAGAAUCUAUUUUACAACUCAAGAAUAAAUUACUUAAUUUUUCAAGAAUAUUUAAUAAAAUAAUCUUAACAAAGAUGCUAUAUAAAAUUAAGGAUUAUAUGGAAAUUUAAGUAAUCCCAGUCUACCUCCUAGUUAUAAUAAUCUCUUAAGUAAUAUAAUGUUGAAUUAAAAUGUUGAAGAUCCCAUGUAAUAAAAUUAAUUGUCUCACCAAGAAAACCAACAUAGUUUGAAUUCUUACUUUCCAAUUUAUCAAUUCAAUAAUUAUUAAUAAUAAUGUUAAGGAGCUGCUUAGAAUAUAACAUAAAGGUCUGUCUUAAAUUUUCCACCUAAUUUAAAUACUCAUAAUUUUUAGUAAGUACCUAAUUAUCUUGCAGGAUUUAAUUAUCAUGUUGCUUGCUAUCCUUAAUCAUAAUAUAAUUAAACUUUGUAAAAUAGUGAUAAAACAUAAGGAUGA